AUGUCAGAUAUCAGUGAAAGUAGUGGUAAAACUUACGGAGUUUCUCGGACUGUUUGGACUGAAGGAGACAUGAAGCUAUUUGUUGACAUAUUGUUGGAGUAUAAAAGGAAGGGCGAAAUGAAGCAGAAUAACUUUGGCAAGUCUUGGGUCAAGAUUACCAAAGAUUUUAAUGCCAAAUCAGAGUAUAGGCAAACCCUUGAGCAACUGAGUCAGAAAUUUCAUCGCUUUAGAAUUGACUGGAAUGCUUUUAAGGAUUUGCGAGAGAAACACACUGGUCUUGGGUGGGAUCACGAAAAAGGAACCAUUACAGCUUCUGAAGAACGUUGGAAAGAGUUAAUCAAGACAAACAAGAAUUACAAGAAAUUCCAGCAGCAAGGUUUAGAAUAUAACGAUGAGUUUACUGAGUUAUUUCAAAGUGUUGGUUCAGUUGGCGCAUAUGCUAUGGCAACGGGGCAAAGUCAAGUCAGUAAAGCUCAGGAAGCUGGUGCGAAUGUUUCAGAAACCAUAAGGGAUGAAGAUGGUGACAAGUCUAGUGGUAAGAGGCAGAUGGAUAGUAAUAUGAAUAAAGAGGGAGACUCAAGAGGGAAGAAAAUGUCUAAGGGGAAUUCAAAAGAGGAUGUGUUUUGGGAAGCUGCAACAGAAGCUGCACUUGCAAAGGGGAAAAGUCAAGUUGAUGUUUCUGGAGGCAAGAAGGCUGUUGUUAUUCAUGUUCCGUACAGAUUGAGAAAAGCUUUCCGCAAGAUUCAUGUGAGGCUUGUUAGGGAGCUUGAGAAGAAAUUCGGUGGGAAGCAAGUUACUAACAUGGAUGCUGAUGGUAAUCUUUGCACAGGUAAGAUGGAAGGUUCGUCAAAUUUGAACAAUGAGUUGAUGGAUUAUUCGUCAUCAUCUGACGAAGAGGAAUUGGAGGAAUGGAAGUUACUACGUAUGGUAAAAGCUCGCAAAACAAAAUUAAGCAAGACACCUUGUAGGACAUCAGCUUUGACCGGGCAUCAGUAUGUGAGGGAGGUGAUAUUUGGACAUCACGCUCGAAUUGUUCAAAAUUGUCGCAUCACGGUUGAUACUUUUUCGAGACUGUGUGAUGUACUUCGAGAGGGAAAUUACCUGUCAGAGCACCACCAGCGACAAGUAUCUGUUGAGGAAGCUCUUGCUAUGUUUUUGAAUUUAACUGGCACAGACGGGCGAACAUGUGUGAUUUCAGAAAGAUUUCAGCAUUCAACAGAGACAGUUCAGCGAAACAUUGAUGAUGUAGUGCAAGCUUUGGUCCGAUUCUCAUCAGUUAUCAUUGCACCUCGGAAUGAACAAGAGGUACAUCCAAGAAUAAGAAACAGCACGAAGUUUUAUCCUUGGUUCAAGGUAAAUGCAUGA